CACCACCAGAUGCUGCGUGUGCGUGCGGUAACCAAGUCAUCUCGGUACAUUUCUUCCAUAUCCAUCUCUUGCAUUUCACAGCCACCAAACGUUGCUCAUACUAUAGGCCUCUGCAUUUCUUGUCUUCAUAAUAUGCAGCCUGAUUUAUCGCUCAUUUGGAAUAUAUUUUGCUGUAAAUGUUGGCAUAUCUCCUAGAGGACGCAUUACUUGCAGACCUUGAUAAUACAAGAGCACAGUUAAAGGAGAACCGUGAAAGGAACAUACAAGAUUCUCCAUACUCGUAUCCUGUUGGGGCGUUAUCACCACAUACACCGGUAUCACCCAUCUACUCUGAGAUUGCAAACGGUUUCUCACCAUCACCUAGUCCAGCCUCACAUCCCACUAAGAACUCCUACAGGAUACAGCAAGCAGAAUCCGAGCCUCUGUAUCAAGUCCAAGACAUCCAGCUUCCACCGACUGCCCUGGUCUACUCUGAACCUCCUAGAGGGAACUCCUACAGCCAACAGUCACCCACCUACAGCCUUGAGUACACCCCAAGGACCCCUACAUCCCCGCCCCUCUCGGACCACCAAGAGGGCAGCGUUGCACCCCCUAAACCAGCCAGGUCAAGACCCAACGGAAGACAACCCCCACCGACGCUUCCCAAGCCUACACUACCAAAGCCAACAGUAUUCAGAUACGACAAGGCAGCGACAGCUAGCUAUCAGAACAGUACCUACCAACCCACCCCAGCACCUCCUAGGAUGGCAGGAAUGCCUGUAUCAGAACUAGACUCGCUCCUACAGGAGUUAGAAGCUGCACAAUCACAAAUACAGAACUGCAAGUAUGACUUAGGAAAUGAAUAUGCUUCCACCCCACCACCCAAGCCACCACCCCCGGCAGCUGGUAUAGUAAAGCCUCCUCGGACCAACAUGGGAGGCGGAGUCGGAGGAGGAGGAGGGGGCGGAGUCAGUGACCUCAAUGACAUGUUAGAUGACCUUGUAGGCACCGUUACACCGUCUUCCAGCUAUACAGUAGAGACAACCACGAAGACCUACACCACCCACUCCCAGCCUCCUGCUCGCCCCCAACCUGCCCCACCCACCAACGGUGCCCCGCCUCCCCAGCAGCAGCAGCAGCCAAUCAAUAGAGUGAUGGCAAACAACACCCAUGCCCCACCCCCAGGAGGUCAAUCUCAGAUUAGUAUGCCACCUCCCAGGACUGCUUCCUCAGCCACCAAGGAGCUUGACGAUCUAAUGGCGUCACUCUCAGAUUUCCAGCUCUCACCAACAGACACCAUGCCCCAGGAGCCCGCCUAUGCCCAGCCCCACAAAGUCACCCCACCCCCAAAGCCAGCUCACCCACCCCCUAACAUGGUGAACAUCAACAACACUCCCCCACCCCCAGUGGCCCAGUCAUACCCACCUCAGCAACCACCUGCCCCCGCCCAGCAGAACCAUGCCCCAUCCCAGCCCAGUCAGCUGGAUUCCAUGUUGGAUCAUCUCAAUUCGGAUGUCAGUAGACAAGGUGUGCAGACUAUUACUAAGGGAAUGUGUGCAGCUUGUCAGAAACCCAUAGCUGGACAGAUUGUGACAGCUCUUGGUCAGACGUGGCAUUCUGAGCACUUCGUCUGUGCUGGAUGUCAGAAAGGACUUGGUACCCAGACCUUCUUUGAGCGAGAUGCUCAAGCCUUCUGUGAAGAGUGCUACCACGAUUUCUUUGCUCCCAAAUGUGCCUACUGCAAUGGCCCUAUCAAGGAUAGGUGUGUGACUGCUAUGGAUAAGACCUGGCAUCCAGAUCAUUUCUUCUGCGCCCAGUGUGGUAAAACGUUUGGUGAUAGUGGCUUCCACGAGAAGAAUGGCAGAGCUUACUGUCGGGAUGAUUACUUUGAUAUGUUUGCCCCGAAAUGCGGAGGAUGCAACAGAGCGAUCAUGGAUAAUUUCAUCACAGCACUAAAUGCACAGUGGCAUCCAGAUUGCUUUGUGUGUGCGACUUGUAGAAAACCUUUCAACGAAGGUGACUUCUUUGAUCACGAUGGCGUCCCCUACUGUGAGAUCCACUACCACGCUGUACGGGGGUCCCUCUGUGCCGGCUGUAACAAGCCAAUCACGAGUCGCUGCAUCACGGCCAUGCAGCGCAAGUUCCACCCGGAGUGCUUUGUCUGCGAUUACUGCCUGAAGCAACUGAACAAGGGAACCUUCAAGGAACAAAAUGGCAAGGCGUACUGUCACACUUGCUUCAUCAAGCUAUUCAACUAGGUCUCUGUAGAGUAGUGGAUGUCUGAAAUUCAAUAGACCCAAGGCUUGUAAUGAUGGCUAAUGUCCCUUAAGACCGAAGGCACAUAUGACAUAUGUCCCAAUAGAAUGAAUGCUCACAUGACUGGAGAGCCUUAUUGAGUUUGUCCAAGAGUCUGGAAGCACAUGUGACCAGUGACCCAAGAGAUGUUCCAAGUGACGGAAUGUCACUUGACUGAAGGCCUUAUUUAAAAUAUC